AAGAGCCCGCGGCGGCAUCCAGCUGGUCUCUUCCCCGCCCCCAUCAUGGCGCAAGACCAAGGUGAGAAGGAGAACCCCAUGCGAGAGCUGCGCAUCCGCAAGCUCUGCCUCAAUAUCUGCGUUGGGGAGAGCGGCGACAGGCUCACCCGGGCGGCCAAGGUGCUGGAGCAGCUGACGGGCCAGACCCCCGUCUUCUCCAAAGCACGAUACACUGUGAGAUCCUUCGGGAUCAGGAGGAAUGAGAAGAUCGCCGUUCACUGCACGGUUCGUGGGGCCAAAGCAGAGGAGAUUCUGGAGAAGGGGUUGAAGGUGCGAGAAUACGAGUUGAGAAAAAACAACUUCUCAGACACUGGGAACUUUGGCUUUGGAAUCCAGGAGCACAUCGACCUGGGGAUUAAAUACGAUCCCAGCAUCGGUAUCUACGGCUUGGACUUCUACGUGGUGCUGGGCAGGCCUGGUUUCAGCAUUGCUGACAAGAAGCGCAGGACAGGCAACAUUGGAGCCAAGCACAGAAUUGGGAAGGAGGAAGCCAUGCGCUGGUUCCAGCAGAAGUAUGAUGGCAUCAUCCUCCCUGGGAAGUGAGCAGUUCCCUUUACCAAAAAAGCAAAUAAAAUUUUCUAACCCCUAAA